AUGAUAGUUGGUGUUAGCACCACCCCUGGAGUUGGUGUGACCACCCUCUUUGCAAUGGAGUCUAGUCCUGGAGCAUCACCAGUCGUGACCGAUAUUACCGCACAGAAGGGAGGCAAAGCGGGUAUUUGGCAAUCGGGAAUGGGCUUCGCCACAGAUGGAAACCGUUUCUUUACUGUCACAGGUAAUGGACAAGGCCACGCAAAUGGUGACGUUCCAUCAUCGGGUCGAUUACCCUUAUCAACCCUUGACGAGGUUGUGGCCAGUUUCACAGUGUCAGCCGCCGGCAAAGUUUCUCUGACAGACUAUUUCGAGCCCUAUGAAUACCUGUCUAUGGACGCAGGUGACAGAGAUCUUGGAUCCUCAGGGGCUACGUUGUUAGAUCCGGCGGUGUUCAGCGGAACUGGGGUCUCAAGAAUUGCAAUUACUGUGGGAAAGAACGGCAAAGCUUACAUCAUGAAUGCCAAUAAUCUUGGCGGCUUCAAACAAGGCCCCGGAGGCAUCUUUACCCCUGUAGGCUCCCCGACGGUCUGUUACAAGAUUGGUCUGGAUUCCCAAGGGGCGCCAUUGUUCACCCUUGUUGGGCAGACGGCAACAAACUCGGCUGGCAGGGUCGGAAUCGGUGUUCCUACCGUCACUUCAUACAAAGGUGAAGCUGGUACUGGCAUUCUCUGGAUAUCGGAUCCCAAUCUCGGCCUUCAAGCCUUCAACGCAGUUCCUGUCAAUGGCAUCCUUAAGUCGAUUCCUCUGACAGCUACGGGUGGACUGAACAAAUUCCAACGCCCUACUUUCGGAGAUAGCCGCCUUUAUGUUUCAGAUACCAGCGGCCAUGUCUUCUGUCUUGGAUCUCCCGUUUCUUUACCUCUUUUGUGCUCCCAGCCUGUUGAUUUUGGAGAUACUCCAAUCGGUUCUACUAGUACUCAGAUCGUCAAUUGCACGGCAUUAAUUCCUACCUCGAUCAAUGGUUGUGCAACUGGAGAUGCAACUUGGCAAUGUCUCAAUUCCACCUUUCCAAAAGGACAGCUAAGUAAAGGUCAAACGUUUCAAUUCCCCGUCACCUGGAACCUUACCCAGUCUUCAAUCAACGAUGCACAGAACGCUUCAUUUGGAAAAGUUCAACCCGGAGUAGCAAGUACCAACUUGAACUUGUACACCACAAAUGGCGUCCCCAAAUAUAGCAACAUUCUUCCAAUUUCACUUACCGGAAAUACUGUGUCCAAAGUCGCUUAUCUCACCAUUAACCCCCCUGAGGUCGAUCUGGGCGGAAUUGUCGUUGGAUCUGCCGGCGCCAAAACAGGCCUUUCAGCUUCACUCGUUCUGCAAAAUGUCGGAGCCCAGACUUUAAUCUUUUUGGGCAGCGCGUGGACAAGUAGUGUAGACACUGACGAUGGCCCUAUCGUUUUCCAAAAUAUCACUAAUGGAGAUUUAGGAAAUGGAUUCAGUUCUUCAAGUCUUCCCAAAGUUGGAGACACGCUCACAACUGGCCAAGGUCUAUCAAUUCCCGUCCAAUUUUUAGCCAACCAAACAGGUGCAUACUCCACGUUUCUGCAAUGGUGGACCACAGGAGGAAAUGGUUAUGUAUUAUUGACCGGCUCAGCCUCGACAGCUCCUAUUGCCAACAUUUCUGUCUCUACCAUUGAAGGCGGCUGGGACUUUUCAGAGCCUGUCAAUAUGGACUUCGGUAAUGUUGUAGCGGGAAGUACAGUUUCUCGGAACAUCCGAAUUUGCAAUUCGGGAGGAUCAGCAUUGACGAUCACGAAAAGCAAGCCGCCGAUUGAUGUAGAGCUUUUGGCACCCAAUCAUGGCACAGAUCUACAUGAAGCUCAGAAGAUUGACGUCAAUACUUGUGCUCUGGGUCAAGUUUCUAUUGUUGCAGCGCCACUUGGAGUCAACCGGCCUGAUCACACUGUUUCAGACGUCUGGAUUUUGAACGUUGAUGAUGUGAACUUCGGGGUCCACGACGUUGCCAUCUCUGCAAAUAUUGUCACCAGGCAAUUAGGCCCACUUCUACCAAAUGGCACAGCCGAGUUUUCUUAUCUUGGUUGCUAUUAUGAUGGAGCCGGGCGUCAACUUCUCAAGCAAUUCAAUAAUGCUACGAAUGAAAAUGGAUGGUGUCAAGCUACAUGCUUCAAAGCCGGAUAUAUCUUCGCUGGGACCGAAUACCAUACACAGUGCUGGUGUGGAAGCACAGCACCCAGUUACACCAAGUAUACCAACGACACUGUAAAAAAGUGUGAGAUGAGCUGCCCGGGAGAUAUUACACAAGCAUGUGGCGGUGACGGAACCUACGUUUCAAUCUACUAUGAUCGAACGAAAUAUGUUCCUGGUCCGGAUUCUAUUCCCGGGCAAUCUAGCCCUGGCUCAAGUUCAUUAUCAAUGUCAACUUCGAUGGCGGGAUCAACCGUCAAAUCAGGUUCAGCUACAUCAUCUCUGUCCUCAUCAUCAACUCCUUCGAUAUCAAUCUCAACAUCUAGCGCCACGUCCACACCCGGAAUCUCAACGGCCAGCACCACCACUUCAGCAAUUCAAGGGUUUACAUCUCUUGGAUGUUUCUCCGACCCAGCUGGAGGCCCUUUCCAAGCACACAACAUGCCGAAGCUCUUCAGUAACAAUAGCAUGAGUCCCGAGCUCUGUAUCUCCUCAGCACUUGCGCGGCUCUCCGCUACACCUGCUACCACUUAUGCCUUUGUUGGUGUCGAGUAUGGCCGAGAAUGCUUUGCUCAUACAGCAGCACCCUCGCCGCAACCGAGUAGUCUUUCUGGGAGUACUGCGUGCACGAUGACAUGUAAGGGAGACUCGAGUCAAAUGUGUGGAGGUCCAAACAUGUAUAACUUGUAUGCCACGACCACAGCUACGAUUACUGCAAGUGGGGCUUCUGGGUGA